GCUGCUUUGAAAAACGGAGAGGGAGAAAAUGGGGAAGAAGAUGCGGGGGAUAAGCAGGCUGAGGCAAACGGAGUGGUUGCCGGAGGCCCAGACUCGGCUCUAGAUACGGAUGCCGACGCGGCACAAAAAAAAGCCUCCGAUGACGGAACCCUGAUGCUUACAGAUAUGGCCGCGUCCGCGAAGAAGACCGAGCGCGAUCUCAUCCUUGACAAACUAGAAGGGAAAACGCGAGAAGAGGACUUACUUCUUGAUCGGCAAGCUAUGUAUCCGCAGAGCGAGCUCAGGCUGCAUCUACUCGUGAAAUGUAGUGAACCGAGUCAGGUUGCGAUUGUUCGAAGACAGUUAAAGAGCGUGCUUUCGUAUCUCGAAAACACAACGUCCAACGAUGCGCGUGUCCACGAUGUCUUCAUGGGUUCCAACGGUGACCCAGAGCGCCAUCCCUUUUUUGGCCUCGUGCCACUCAAGUACGUCUAUUCUAGCGAGCACCCGGUGCGUGAGGCGAGGCGGGAGUGGCGGUUCAACCUGCCCUCCGAAUUGGCUGCGGCAGGGCAGCAAAGCCACGAUGGAAGCAGCGGUGAUGAUGUGGUGGCGUUAUUUCAGAAGUGGCAGACGAACUUUGCAGGUGAGAUAACGAAACACAAAAAUGAACUCCAACGUGUGAAAGAGUCCUUGACGGACGCGGCGUACAACAUCGACCUGGAGAUUCUAGACCGGGACCUGCAUCCCCUCGGAGAGGAACUCAAGAAGGAUUCUGCGCGCGGAAGCGACCCAGAAAACCCACAAGACGGGUCCUCUACGGGCAUCAACAAAGAUGCCGCAAAGGAAAGUCAUGGAGGCAAGAAGCUUGAGGAUGUCCAAGCCUCGGACGGCGAGGUCGUGCAAGACUCAUCAGCUGCUGCGGGCAAGAAAAGGAAUGCCGAGGAAGCUGCUGAGAAGGCAGGGGAGUCCAAAAAUACGCCAAGUAAAAAGAGAAGACGGCUCAGCAUGCUAGGCAAGGAAGCAACAGUGCCACUGGAACAACAAAAGUCUGUCCUUCUGAAAAAAGUGCCGAAUAUCUCAAGGACAGAUUGGUUCGGGCUUCCCGAGGUAAAGCGCGAGGGCUCCAAAGCCAUCUUGCAAAUUCCGGGUUUGGCACCACCAGAAACGACACAAGUCUCAACCGACGUGACGAAGUUUGUGAUGCAAAAGUUCCAAGAACUUCUUGCCGACUGGGACCGACCUUACUGGUGGGAACCACGGGAGCUCCUCGGCACCCAAGGUUUGGCGCACGGCCCGCUGGCACGUGUAGAAAGAAAGUUGAAAGCGAGCGACCGACAUCUCGCGCUUGCGUCGGAGAUUGCGCGGGAAACGGGCACAAGUACGGCGCAUCAGUUGCAGGCAGUCUUCGGCACGGAAGGACUCUCAGGCACAACAUUGCAAAAUAGAGACAGCACUUCAACAUCCGAAGCGAUUGGGAGUACUUCGUCCCUGCCGAUGCCGCUUUCGAAGGCGUCAAGUUUGUCCACUGCUGCAGCCGUGGAGCGUCCUGGCGGCGCAUUGUCAACGGCAGCACCGUCCCUAGUUCCGAAAAUCCCAGGUUUAGGCGGACUCACCCUUGGGCAGGCGCCACCGCUGGGUCCGUCCUCACUUUCAUCAGGUGCCUUCGCAGGCACAGCGGAUGACUUCGGUGACAAAGACGAGAAAGAUGCAGAAGAAGAGUCCGGUGUUGUUUUCGAGCAAGGAAACUACGCUUAUGCGGCCGCAGAUCCAUUGCGACCGUCUUGUUUCGCAAAUCCUUUUCUCGUCGGUCAGCAAGUUGCUCUCAGUGACGCGGCUGCUGACCACUUCGCAGAUCUCCUCUACCAGUCAGGGCUCUGUGAUCCAUCAGAGGCGAAUGCAGCUACCGCUAGCGCUACUGCUGCUGUUCCCCCGGCUAGUUCUCCGGCGAGCAGCCCUCUUGACUCAGGUUCGGAAUCGGCGAGGAAACUAGACCUCCCAGAUACCCUCUCAAAGGAAGAAAUUGCGACUGCACUUCGAGCAGCACGAGGUGUCGUCCGUUGUCUCAAGAAAGACGAGGAGCUUCUUGUGUAUCUGAAGUAUCCGUGGGCCCCGUACUCAGAUCUCCACAAGCAAAUCCGCACGCACUACCCAGCGCCGCAACCCGACGUACACCGCGAGCUACGCGCUCUAGGCCGUUAUGGUCCGGUAGAAGUGCUUUGCCACGACGAGGAAGAAGGCCGCAAGGCCUCGGCAAGUCCGAAUCGUGGACCCAAGAACAGGACGGGGCGUUCGGGUUCGGCCGCCUCUUCACCAGCGCGUUUCGCAGUCGCGGCGCAGCACCUGGAAACGAAAAAGAGGAAAACGAAACUUUGCUACUACGGCUACCUAGUGGACUGGCGAUUGCCAUGUCCUGCAAGGGAGCAGGAACUCUUCAAGGAGGAACAAGGAGCACUUGACACGCGAGCUCUCGCAGCCAUCAGCUCUGCAGACGGACGCGGAGCCAUGGAGGUGGGACCUAUCAAAUCGUCGCCGCGCACAGGGCCAAUGCCACAGGGCGCAAUGUCUGCGCGCAAGGGGAAGGGGCCAGUCGUGCCUGGUGCAAAAAUGCAUCCCGGACCAUAUUUAAGCUUAUACCUUCAGCAUAUCAUCAAUAUCAAAGUCCAGCAAUUACAUUAGAACCAAGUAGGUCCUCAAAGUCAUACUCAACGAUUUUUGACAGUCGCUGUCAUUAGCGUCUUUUUUCAGCCUCAAUGACGACAUUGCUCACCUUGUUUUCUUGAUCGUCCUCUCUAAAACAAGCAGUACCUGGAAUGGGACCACCUAUGCUCGGCCCAGCAGGAGGGCCGUUGGUUGUAGAUAUAGGAUACGGUGGCCCUAUCGCUCCGGGCGGGGCAAUGAUAGCCGGCGCUCCACCAGGGGCGGUGCUAGCCCCAGGCAUCGUGACCCCAGCGGGCAGUCCACCUGCAGGAAGUCCUCUUGUACCAGGAACAGCAGGCGGGUUGCUUGCACAUGCGGGUGUUCAUCCGUCUGUACCACUAGGUUCACCAGGAGCAGGGCAGAUGACGGGAAUCCUAGGCGGAAAGGGUAUCGCGCAAGGUGUAAAUGCGGCACAGCCAGAAGCUGCAGGAGCACCCCCGUCAUCCUCUUCGGCUGUAGAUCUGCUCGGCGGCGGACCAGAGUCACCUCCAGCGAGCGCGCUCGAUCGAGCAAUGGGUGUGAAAUCCACAGGAGUACCAGGAACAAGUCAGCUCCUUCAGCAUUCGUCGAUGCAACAACCACCACCAACAGUCGCGAAGGCAAGCACAGGCGCAGGAGGCGUUUUGGCGGCUCCGAAAGCAGAGGCACCUCUUCUCCAAGUAGUGGAUAGAGAAAAGUCGCUGGCGACUACUGGUAUCACAGCGCGUCUUGUUGAGAGCGGAACAGCUAACAACCUCGUCGUCGUUGAACAAGAUCCAUCAAGGCCAUCACCAAGAGAACAAGAAAUGGUAUCUUAGUACCUUACAUUUUUUCUACCAAUGUUAGUCUUAGUUGUCAAUACUUAUUUAGAUAGAUCAACAUAAGAAAAAAAAUUUUGGAAUAAAAGUCAUCAAUUUGAGAGGCCAGGAUCGAUUCGUUUCGUGAACAACAUUAUUCAUCAACCUGAACUUCUUUCGUUUAAAGAAGUUCUUCAGGAAAUUGAAGACGUUCUGAAAUUGAUCAAUAUUAAGACCAUUUCCAGACUGCUGCUGCUGCAGUUGCUGCUGCGGCAGAGGAGAAGCGGCGCAAAGAGCAAGAGGAGCAAGAGCGAAAGAAAAAAGAAGCAGAGGAUGAGAAAAGAAAACAAGCGGAGGUAGCUGCGCUCGCAUUGCAAGCGAUAAACCCUAAUGCGAAGCCAAGCGCAAGCUUCUCAACGCCAGAGGCAUCAGCUCAAAACAACCAGCCACAGCAAUCGCCAAGAGACAGUGGCGCAUUUUCUGCAAUUGAGCAACAGCUGGCUGCCAUAUCGAGAUUCCUUCCGGACGAGCAGAAAACGGAGUUGAAAAACACGGUACUUUUUUUCUGUUCGUUUUGAAUCAUGUGAUGAUAGUUUACAACACAAAUAUUAUCCCACGAAGAUAUGAUUUUUGUACAACCCCAUCACCAUCAGAGACCCCUUAGAAACCGUGUUGACCCAAUUAUGGUUGUGGUUUUUUCAUCUCAAACUCACAAAAUUGUACCUGACACGUAACACACACACUAAUCAGAUGCUUGCGAUCACGAAAGGAAAAGGCAAAAAGCAGCAAUUACAGGAUGCAGGCCUUCAGGGAACGGACAAGGGACAGCAAUUGCAGGAAACAAUCAUGCAAGGCAUAAUGAAACUGCGGUCAUUGAAAGGUAAAACGACUUCCUUUUCUUGGGUAUGCAAUGAGCAUUUUGUAGUCAUGUUCUGGAGAAACUAGCAAGUUGCCAACUUCUACAGGAUCUCCAAUCUUGUACACAACCAGGAGCACAGUCUCGAUUUACCAAAACCCUACUUUGCUUUAGUUUUAACGAAAUAUCAUGUGUUUGUGUAAGUAUGCGAAUGCGAGUAUACGUGUGGGUCGAUUAAGGUCUAUAAUUGUUGACUAUUCAACAUUUUACAGGUGCCGCCAUCCAGCGUAUGCAGGAAAUGCAGGCUGCGAAGGGCCAGCAGCAAGUACAGAAUGCAAUGGGCGCGAAGGGUCUGAGGCCUGCAGAACAACAGCAGGCAUCCGCGCCGAGCGCUCCCGCGGCACCGCAAUUGACUCUUGCGCAGCAGAUCGCCGCAAUGUCGCUAGCCAGUAGUGCCAAUUCGUCUAGUAGUGCGCCAGCCGCCGCAUCAUCGUCCUCGGGCCCGCAGAUGAGUCUGGUCCGCGAUCUAGGUCCAAGCGGUGACGAUGCCCGAUUGGCUGCGCUUGCCGCAGCGCAAAAGGAGGCACAGCAGAGUGUUACCGGCAGUGUGCUCAAUUUCGGCAGGAGAGCAGACCCACUUGAAGGUCCGUCCAUAGGCGCAGGCGCGUCAAGUAGUAGCUCAUCUGGUGCAAGCAAACCUCCACAACAACUGGCUCCGCCUCAACAACUGAACCCUAUUCCGACCAGCAGUGUGCCCGAUCGACUGCAAUUCCAGGGUGCUGUCUUUCUCCCGCCGGAAGUGUUCCCGACACCAGACCUGCAAGGCAAGAUUGCUGGUCCCGGCAACGAGUAUUUUAACCAUGUGCUUGCCCGCUUUCCAAAUACAAAGAUUGAAUUCAAUGGUCUGCCGACAGCACAAGCCCCUCCCGACAAGAGGUUACACGUUGUGGUUUCAAGUAGAAACCCAGACGUGCGGGCAUUCAAAAACGCCUUCAAAAACGUCAUCGACUUGGCAGAAACGGUCAGCGAAAACGUCGCAAACGAACAUCUGAAACUGUCGGAGGUAUCUAAUGAUCAUAAGUAGGCACUGGCUAAUGCAUGUUUUGCUUUUGUAUGAAGAUGCUGAUGUUGUUUAUAAGAAUAUUAUUGUCCGUGUGUAGAUAAAAAAAUGAUAUUGAUGCUCACUCUAAUGCCAGUACUACUUCUACUCCUCCCUCCUCCCUACUACGACUCCUACUUGAUUCAAUGUCAACUCCCAACGGCAGCCACAUUGUUUGACUUUUUUCACCGACAGUAGCCUUUUAUUCAUAUGCUUGAUAUUCCCAGGCCCAAGCUAAGGAGAUUUCGAAGCAAGUGCGAUCGGAAAUGUUCGCAAUUGGACCCGAUGGAACAUCCAGGAGAAUAGAGGACGCUGAUGACCGCUCAGACGACGAAGACACAGUUGAGAGUGACGCAACUGUGCAGGAUGAAGAGACGCCUCUGGGUGGAGGUGGUGAGCCGGCAGGUUUCGGAAAUCCAAUGAUGAAGGGAGGGAAAAAGGGGAAGGGAAAAGGCGGGUCGAUGAACCCGAAAGGAGGAAAAAAUUGGUGAAGAAUAGAGUGUCCUCUUCCUGCGACUUGCACUCGGUAAUGCACUUUAUUUAAUCACCAUGAUCAUCAUCAUCAUCAUGAAAGUCGUACACUGACAUCAAAGACUUCAUUUAAUGCUUGAUUUACGUCGUAGCCUACACCUACCACAUCCAUGUUGAAGAUUCUUCAUUCACACCUUACCAAAAUUGUCAUGAAUACUCUUCUAAGGAUGAAUACUCUUCGGAAGAAGAUUCUUCAGUACAUAAUAGAUGAAGCCAACAACCCCAAAAUAAACAUACUGCGACAGAAACCCUGUUUGCAGCCGUCCUCGUCCUGUACUAAAGUACGUGCUCCUGAAAGUGAUCCAAGUACAACCGGUAUGCGGGUCGUGCUGGUCACAUGUAAGCUCCUGCUGGCAUCAUUAUCAUGUUUGACGUAAGUAGUAUCUCCAUUCUGAACAUCAGGUUCUGUACUUCUCUUAUUUUGCGCAUACUUGUCCAUGUCCACGAGAAGAUAAGAUUAAGAUUACUCACCGCAAUGUUGUAAAUGUCGGUGCCCCGCCCACACCGUCAUAGGUAUUGUCGUUUUCAAAAUCCAUCAACACUCCCGGUUGUUUAAUGCGUAAUUACUCAGAUGAUCUUCUUGAUGAUGUUGAUGUCUUCACGUGAUAGUUUUGGAUGAGAGAAAGAAAACCAAAAACGCAGUGCGCAUGUUGACCAGUGAGUGGGUCUCUCUUCAUAUGCUUUCCAAG